CAAUUGUAAAAUGAUUUUCAUUUAUCAGAUAUUUAGAGUUUCAAUGGCCUUGAAAGACAAUACAUUCAUAGUUGAUUACUUUGUUUAUAAAAAUUCACCUUUCGUCGUUGGAUUUUCUUGUAAUGAUGCUUUAGGUGACCGAGAGUUAGCGAAAAAUUUAAGCGAGGCUGGAAUUUAUUCAUCAUUAGAUACGUUAUAUUCAAAUUACACCAUUAAACCAUUUCUAUACACAGUAUAUUAUAAACUAGGUGUUUUUUUGGAUUUACGGUGCUAUGAUGCAAUUGAUACUCAAUAUAUUUUAACGAAGUCAUCUUACGCUAGAUUAUAUGGUGAGCAACAUUAUUGGCUUAUUCUUGGUAAAGACUUGAAUGAAAGUAUCAAACUAUUGAACGAUACUGAAUACAGCAUUUCAACCGAUUUAGUAGUGGCUAUUGAAAAUGGAAAUGAAUUUCAAAUGUUCGACGCAUUUAAUCAUUGCAAAUAUCGAGGAGGUGCCUUGAAUAUAACGUAUUUUGGAAAUUGGAACAUCGAUACUAGAAUGAAUGUUUCUUUGAAACAGGCCAAAUUUAGAAGAAGAUCAAAUUAUCAUGGAAUGAUUUUAAGAAUGGCAGGACUGGUGACUAAUAGGCCAAAAGACGUAUCUUUGGAAGACUAUUUGCAAGAUUAUAGCACCAAACAGCAAGAUAGUAUGGCCAAAUUUACCUACGCAAUUUGGACGACAAUGGCAGAACUGUUCAAUUUCACUAUUGAAGCAAAAGAGUUGACAGUUUGGAAACCUACGAACAGAAAUGGGCCAAUUAUAAAAAUGUUGAUUGAAAGAACUGCGGAGCUUGGAGGAAGUACAGGGAUUCCUACUCCAGAGAGAUUAUCUGUCAUUAAUCCAAUUCCGGUUUGGCCCUUGAGGACAUGUUUUAUGUUUCGCACAACACAAUCCAAACACAUAAAAGUCAAUCAUUUUCUAAGACCUUUAGCUGCAGUCACUUGGUAUUUAACGGUAGUUUUGAUGAUAACAGCCACUAUCGUAUUUGCAUGGGUAUUGGUGACUGAACAAAUGAGCAACAAGUUCGAGCGAUACUCAGCAGCAUUUUUAUUUACGAUAGGCAGUGUUUGUCAGCAAGGUUCGGAUCUUCAGAUCACGGGCAUAUCAAGUCGCAUAGCAUUUUUGCAAACUAUGCUUUUCAGCCUUCUCAUUUACAAUUAUUAUUCUGCAAGUGUAGUCUCGGCACGACUAAGCGAACCGUUGGAAAAAAUUAAUGAUUCUCUUAACGAAUUAGCAAAAACUAACUUAAAGUUUGGUGCUGAACCAAGCCUGUACUUUAAUUUUUUUAUAAAAAGGUCCGAUUGGGAGGCUCAGCAAUUUUACUACAAACAGUGGGUCAAAGUGCCUGAAAAUGAAAGGUUUAUGGAGGCAAUUGUAGGCAUUAAACGAAUAUUGCAAGGAGAUUUCGCUUAUCAUAUCGAUGUUAAUGCAGCUUUUCCAGUAAUUGAAAGAUUGUUUGACAACCAGCAGAUUUGUCAAUUAACAAUGGUUUAUUUAGUUAGACCUACGGAUUCUUCAAUAUUUAUGGCUUCAAAUGGUUCUUUCGUUGAAUUAGUUAAAGUUGGAAUAGCCAAAAUCAGAGAAAUUGGUUUACGGACCAGGUUAGUAAAGAGAUGGGCAGCAAGAGCACCAGAAUGUCGAACAGAUAUUCUUGUCAUUGACCCUGUAACUAUUUAUGAAGCAGCACCUGCAUUUUUACUACUUAUUUUUGGAAUAAUUUUUGGUGUUUUCUUAUGUACUAUUGAAAGAAUAACCUACUGUAAAAAAUACCAUGAUCAUGGAGUCAAGAAGAAGCUUCAUAAAAUACUUUCACGUUUUUACGCAACAGAAAAAAAGAAAUAA